AUAUCCCAGAUCUUUCGGGCAAAGUUGCGAUAGUAACAGGAGCAAAUACUGGUAUAGGAAUUGUGACAGCUAGAGAAUUAGCUCGCAAAAAUGCUCAUGUAUUUGUUGCAAGUCGUAGUAAAGAAAGAGAUUCAUAUCAAAGCCCAUUUGGACUAACUCAAGAUGGCAUUCAAGACCAGUUUGGUGUUAAUCAUAUUGGUCAUUUUCUUUUCACUCUCUUAUUGUUGCCAACCAUCAAGGCUUCAGCUCCAUCGCGUAUAGUCAAUGUUAGCAGUCUUGGUCAUCAUUAUCCACCACCAGGAGGAAUCGAAUUUGACAAAUUGAAUGAUCCGAAUGGUCAUACUUCUUUUCAAAGAUAUACUCAGUCGAAACUUGCAAAUAUUUUAUUUACCCUUGAACUUAAUAAAAAACUUUCAGGAACAAACGUUUAUUGUAAUUGUCUUCAUCCAGGUGCUAUAAAUACAGAACUAACCCGUGGACUUGUUUCCAAUUGGGGUUAUUGGAUAAAACCAAUUGUUGAUACAAUUUCAGCAAUAUUUUUGUUAACACCUGAUGAUGGCGCGUUAACUCAGCUUUACUGCGCUACAAGUCCUGAAAUUGAAGAAAAAAAUCACCGUGGAAAAUAUUUUAUACCUUAUGGUGAAUUAGGUGAAACUAGUGAUUUUGGUAAAGACGAAGAAUUGGCUAAAAAAUUAUGGGAUUUUUCUGAAAAUUUGGUUAAAGAAAAGUUAGGUAAUGACGUUCUUA